AUGUCUCUCAACGCUCGAAAUGGGUGUGUUCCACCCUCCCCAGCUAUUGUUGCUCCGCCUUCGCCCAACGCAAGUCUGCGACUAACUGUUGGCGAUCCGGUCAGUGAGCCGUCAAGUCAACCUGCAGAGCGAGUUCUUCAGGCCGGAUUUUGGGAGCACGGCCGCUUUUAUGGUUCUUGGAAGCCCGGGAAGUACCUCUUCCCCAUUGACAAGGAGGAGCUCAAUAGACUAGACAUCUUUCACAAAUUCUUCAUGGUGGCAAGAGAAGAUCGCAUCUCUGAGGCUCCCUUGGACAAAGAAGGGCAGCCUAGGAUUAUGGAUCUCGGAACUGGUACAGGCAUCUGGGCAUUCAAUCUAGUAGAAGACUUCGCCCCAGAUGCCCAAGUCCUGGCCGUCGAUCUCAACCAGAUCCAGCCAGCUCUCAUUCCCCGCGGUGUAACUACUAUGCAGUUUGACAUUGAGGAGCCUUCCUGGGAGCCACUGCUUCGAGACUGCGACUUGAUCCAUCUUCGAUUGCUUUACGGUAGUAUCAAGGACAGUAACUGGCCUGCUGUUUAUAGCAAAGUCUUUGAACACUUGGUCCCUGGGGGAUACAUCGAGCACAUAGAGGUAGACUGGGCACCACAGUGGGAGGAUGAUAAUAUCCCUACGCAUUCGGCCCUGCGCGAGUGGGCUCACCUGUUCCAGCGCGCCAUGCGUCGAUACCAACGAAACGUCACGGUGUCAUGUGAAGGCGCCCGAGACAACAUGGAAGCCGCUGGUUUCACUGAAUUUACUGAAACUGCGAUGCGGUGCUACGUGAACCCGUGGUCUCCCGAGCGCCACACCCGAGAGUCUGCUCGCUGGUUCAAUCUCGCCCUCAGUCUAGGCCUCGAGGCCAUGAGCAUGAUGCCCAUGAUUGAUAAGCUCGGUAUGACGAAAGAGGAUAUCCAAGACCUCUGUAACAGAGUCAAGAAGGAGAUUUGCAUUCUACGCUACCACGCCUACUGCACUCUGUAA